AUGCCACAGAAUAAAGAUAAAACAGCAGACAAUGCUUUAUUAACACCUGAUGCUUUACACCAUUUAUUACCCAAAUCUUACUUUCUAUUAAUUUUUCGAAAUCCUACAGAAAGAAUUUUAGUAGGAAUGUAUGUUGUUUAUCUUAAAGAAUGGUUUAAAGUAUUUGAAAAAGAUAGAUUUCUCAUCAUUAAAACUGAAGAAUAUCCUCAAGAUAUUAAAACACAUGUUCAGAGAAUUUUCCAGUUUUUGGGUUUAAAUACUUUGUCAGAUGGAGAAAUGGAGAAGAUUGUAAAGCAAAGUCGAAAAAAUGUGAAGAAACAAGCUAUCGGUCCGAUGUGGCAAGAAACAAGACAGAUAUUGGAUGAUUUAUAUAGAAGUUAUAAUGAAGAAUUAGCAGAACUUCUCGCUGACAAUAAAUAUUUAUGGAAAGACGAUCCUAAAUAGUGAAAGAACUAAACAAACUAGAAACAUCGAUGUUUGGAUUUGUGUAAUAACAAUAUCGGUAUGGUUGGGAAUGGAUAUUACUCUAUAUGGCCAUUUGUGCCAGACUAUUUUAUACGCCGAUAAAAUAUCUGGGAUAAGUUCAAUUUUGAUGCAACUUCUUGGUUAUGACCCCUGCCGUUUAUGCAAAACGCGUAACAAAGUUGAAAGGCUUUCUAGUUUGAUGAAUUAGGAAAAUGCUAGCAUGGAACCUAUCGAUUCUUGUCAUUCUAAUUUCUCUGUUGGUUGUCUGUUCGUCGGGGCAUGGACCAAACCCAUAGUUGUUACAGCAAUAGUCAUAUAACCGGAUAACCUGACACGCUGGGGUUUAUUAUUACGCUAGUGAAAAUAAAUAUCAGGGGACAUAACUCGUGUGAACUUAAGCACAGUUAUUUUGUCGCGUGAACAAAGACAUCAACUUUAAAGGAGCUAAAUCGCUAAUAUUUGGGAUCUAGAAAUUGACACAAAUGGGUCGCAACGCAUAUAAUAAUGUAAUAUGAAUGUAAAUAAACUGAUUUACAUUCAAUCGUUUCAAUUAAAUGACAAUCUUUAGCGUCAGGUUAUUCCAGUCUACACCGAUGGUAUUUAUUGCGCAUGCUCUCCAGAUAAGAAUAUAGCGUCACCAUUUGACAUGACUUGUGGCAUAUGUCUAGCCUCGUUCUUUAGGUCCCUUGUUCCAAAUGUCGCUGAAACGCAUUAUGGUACACGAUUCGUGUACCAAUGGUAAAAUAUUUAUUUUGUCUUGAAUAUUGGAUAUCAGAAGUCCAUCUUUUCCCUGUAAGAUCACAAGACCAAUGUUGAUUUGAAUUGACAAAUUAUUCGUGUUUUCAAUGUCGAAGAUUUUUGAUGAUAUUGAGUUAGAGACUUAGCUACUUUAAU